GUGUCGUGUGGAGGUCCCGGUCUUCCCCUAUGGGCGCGUCUUAAGUGUCUUAUCGAAUUAAGUUUUGAAAAAAUGUCAUCUUGUAACAGGAUGAAGCUUCUCUGUGCUUUGGUGAUUUUUCACCAACUGUUAGCGUUCACCAGUGGAAUACACUUUUUCGAGUUGGAUAAAAUUCCGUACAUCGAAAAUUUGGAGUCCAAAAUACCCCAUUACUAUGGCCCGGAACGGGAAGACAAACGCCGAUCGCCGGUUAUACUGAUUCCUGGUGAUGGCGGCAGUCGUAUAGACGCCAUGUUGGACAAACCGGAGGUGGUCCAUUACAUCUGUGAUAAGCACACGUCCAUGUUCUACGACAUCUGGCUCAAUAAGGAACUGUUGGUCUGGUGGAUUAUCGAUUGUAGUAUGGACAACCUGCGGUUGGUGUACAACAACGAAACUCGUACCACGUCCAAUGCUCCGGGAGUCACGCUCCGUAUUCCUGGCUGGGGUUACUCGGAGGAUGUGGAAUGGAUUGAUACCUCGCAUGCCAGUGUGAGCUCGUACUACGCCAACGUGGCCAAUGCCCUCUCUUUGAACGGAUACCAUCGGGGAAUAUCCAUCCGUGGAGCUCCGUACGAUUUCCGCAAAGCCCCUAACGAGAACGAAAUGUUCCCGGUCAAGAUGAAGAAGCUGGUCGAAGAAGCGUACGAGAUCAACGGAAAAACUCCGGUCACUCUGAUCGCUCACAGUAUGGGAGGUCCGAUGACUUUGAACUUCCUGCAACGUCAAAGCCAGGAAUGGAAGGAUAAAUACAUCAGGCGACUCAUUUCCAUUGCCGGAGCCUGGGGAGGAUCGGUCAAAUCGAUGAAGAUCUACGCUGCGGGAGAUAAUCUGGGCUCGUACUUCGUCAGUGCCAGUGCCAUUCGAACGAUGCAAGUCACUACUCCUUCAUUGGCCUGGCUGAUGCCGAAUCCGCUGUUCUGGAAACCAAACGACGUUCUCGCUCGUACGAAAAGCCGCACCUACACCGUGGGACAACUCGAGGAGUUCCUGGAUGAUAUGGACCUACCCGAAAGCAAGGAAAUGUACAAGGACGUCCUGCCGAUCGCUUUGAACUUCACUCCCCCAGGUGUCGAAGUGCACUGUCUGUACGGUUCCCAGAAAGACACCGUCGAAAGUCUGGAAUGGCCCUCAACCUACGAUAUGUCCGGAACACCAACCCUUGUCUACGGCGAGGGAGACGGAACCGUCAAUCUACGGUCGUUGGAAGCCUGCAAACACUGGAUCGGCCAGCAGAAGCAGCCGGUUUACGUGCGUGAAUAUCCGGGCAACGAUCAUCUCGGAAUACUUGCCGACCUCAAGGUGCUGGACGAUAUUGUCAAAAUUCAGCUGAAGGAUAUUCGCUGAAAUGUAACCAUAGUUCGUUUUUUUUCUGUACAUAAUUGUUUUUAUCACUAGUGAUUAUGUUUGUUAAAAUUGUGUAGUUUUUUAAAUUUAUACUUAGCACCAACCCAGUUGUGUAACAGCUCAUCUAAGGCUGUAACGGUUUAAAAAAAAAAGUAACAAGUACUACCACCCUAGUGUUAGGUUUAUACUUGUCAAACUUAGAGCUAAGCAUUUCUGUA